GAGUAUUUCUACUUACUGCUUCUUCAUACUUCUUCUCCACCGCCGUUCAGAGGGUCAUAUCGUGCUUUUUGCUUCAUCUGGUCCACGUUUGGAGGAUCCAAAGCACCGCCUCCUUCUGCAGCUGACCCAUCUAAAAGCACAGAGAAAGAUGCAUGAUGAACCUCCCCCUGCAGUAACACCUCGACUGACUCACAGCUGACAGGAAACGAUUUCCUAAAAUCGGUGGGAGUCUCCACCAGAGAGGAGUCACAUACGCCCGCUGGAGCAGCAGCAGCAGCAGCCUGCAGCGCCGCCGAGCUUCAAGGUCCGUGCGACAAAACGCCAACUGUCUCAUUUUUACGCGCGUUUCCAGUUCGUUUCAGACAUUGUUCCAAGACGUUGCGUAAGUGAAAGUGAUCUCAAAACAGGCGGCAACUGAUCUGCGGGGUCCAGACGUGACUGGAAGGGAACAAAGCAAGCAAGAGGGAGGCAAAGAAAAAGAUUUCAGCUCGUCUGCAGUUUUGCAAGGAACAAAAUGUCUAAACCAAAUUACUCCGGCACGUAUCAUCUGGCGGAGAUGGAGAACAUGGACGCCUACCUCGAAGCUUUAGAUAUUAAUUUUGCCCUGAGGAAGAUUGUGUGCCUGUUGAAGCCCACCAAAGAAAUCACCCACGACACGGCCACGGGAGCCAUGAAGAUCCGCACUCUCACCACCUUCAGGAACUUCAACAUGGAUUUCACUAUUGGUAAAGAAUUUGCUGAAGAUCUGGGGCCGGUGGACGGUCGUACCUGCCAGACUACAGUGAGCUGGGAGGGAGACAAACUGGUCUGUGUACAGCGAGGUGAGAAAGAAGGACGAGGCUGGACCCACUGGCUGGAGGGUGACAAGCUGCAUUUGGAGAUGAGAGUUCAAGGUGUGGUUGCCAAGCAAGUCUUCAAGAAGGCUGAUUGAAGUAACAGAAAAUGUGUUUUAGUGAAUAACCCAAAUUUAUUCUCAUGAGAAUAUAGUUAAGGACUUGGUACAAGAUUUGAAUAAUGUUUAUAGUUUUUUUUUGUAAUCAACAUUAUUUUGAAAUAUCACAAUGAGGCUGAAUGUCUGUUAAAAUUCUGAUCUGUAUAUGUUCCUAAUUGUUCCUGUCUGAUGGUACUAACUGAGAAGAGAGGCAGUUACUUGUGUAAACAUUCCCAGCAUGCUUCCUCAUAUUGCACACGUAUCUGUCUUCACAACGUUAUAAACAAAUCAUCCAUC